AUGCAGGACCUCAACGGACCAGUUGGACAAGGUGCCAACGGAAAUUCAAACGGACGAUUCCAUGGCCAUGCAUCGAAGCCUUCUAAUAGUGACACUGGAUUCUCUCACGGCGCCUUUACAUCCAAUAUUUCCGGAUUCGCUGACCGUCACCCUCGCCGGGGCAACAUUCCAUCUCUCAACACGCAAUCCAUGAACCAAAACCAGCCCGCAUCACCCAAUGCAAACGAUAUGGCCACUCCUGGCACUGCCUUCGACAUGCAAUUUACUCCUCUCCUCCCGUCACAGCUUCUGCUUGGUAGCCCCUUCCAACCUGGAAGCCCUGCCGCCUUUAGCAGCCCUCAGUUUCAAGUGCCAGGGUUCCAGCAGAACCAACAGCAGCAGGGAGGAAACAAUCAACAGCAUGGUGGCGGAGUGUCCAGCCCAGCCCAACAGAAUAUUUCGCCGCAGUCAUAUCAGGCCAUGGUUUCACCUUCAACAUAUGGUGCUCCUCAGUUCUAUCCGCCGCAAUCUCCUACCGGAGGCUUCAACAUGCAAUCGGGUAUGCAACCUGCUUCACCGGUGCUGGGCUCUGCCGUUGUAAGUGGCACAAGCCGAACUGUCUAUCUGGGCAACAUUCCUCAGGACACAUCUGCUGAAGAGAUUCUUGGCCACGUCCGAAGCGGCCAGAUUGAGUCCGUUCGCCUCUUGCCCGACAAGAACUGUGCCUUCAUAUCUUUCCUGGACGCCAGCUCCGCAACACACUUCCACUCUGACGCAAUCUUGAAAAAGCUCUGCAUCAAGGGACAGGAUAUCAAGGUGGGCUGGGGUAAGCCGUCUCAAGUCCCGAACUCGGUUGCCUUGGCCGUUCAGCAGUCUGGUGCGUCCCGAAAUGUGUACCUAGGUAACCUUCCCGAGGAUAUUUCCGACGAAGAGCUGCGUGAGGACCUGGGCAAAUUUGGAGCAAUCGACACUGUCAAGAUUGUGCGGGAAAAGAGCAUUGCCUUUGUUCACUAUCUAUCGAUCGCCAAUGCUAUCAAGGCCGUCUCUCAGCUUCCUCAGGAAGCUAAAUGGCAGGCGCCCCGCCGUGUCUACUAUGGCAAGGAUAGAUGUGCAUACGUCUCCAAGACCCAGCAGCAGAAUGCUGCCCAGUAUCUUGGUAUUGCUCCUGGUUAUGCCCAUAUGCUGACCGGAGCUGAUCGUGACCUUAUUUCUAAUGCUCUUGCGCAGCAAUCCGUCGCUGCUGCGGCUGUUGCAACAACGGCCGGCGGCAUCAACAACCUUGGAAAUCGCACGAUCUACCUGGGCAAUAUUCAUCCUGAAACGACUAUUGAAGAGAUUUGUAACGUUGUUCGAGGGGGGUUGCUUCAUCACAUUCGCUAUAUACCUGAUAAGCACAUUUGCUUCGUCACCUUCAUUGACCCCACGGCCGCUGCCUCCUUUUAUGCUCUCAGCAACCUCCAGGGCCUCAUGAUUCACAACCGCAGACUCAAGAUUGGCUGGGGUAAACACUCGGGGGCUCUUCCUCCGGCGAUUGCCCUAGCUGUCAGUGGCGGUGCGUCUCGAAAUGUCUACGUGGGUAAUUUGGACGAGACCUGGACUGAAGACCGCCUUCGCCAGGAUUUCUCCGAAUAUGGCGAGAUCGAGCUUGUGAAUACUCUUCGUGAGAAGAGUUGCGCCUUUGUCAAUUUCACCAACAUCGCCAACGCCAUUAAAGCAAUUGAAGCUAUUCGUGGCAGGGAAGACUACAAGAAAUUCAAGGUCAACUUUGGCAAGGACCGCUGUGGGAACCCUCCACGACAGAUGCAGCAACAAAGCCAGUCUCCUCGUGGUGACGGAGUCUCGUCCCCUCCUCCAAACGGCUCCCAGAACAGCGGAUCGCCACCGAAUGGCUCUACUCCUCAACAGUCUGCCGCUCUGUUUAAUGCUCAAAGCAAUCCCCUCACAAUGUACUUGAACCAGCUGUCACAACAAGCUCACCAACAGCAGCAUCAACAACAGCACCAGCACCUCGCCAUGCAGCAGAACCUGCUCUUCAAUACGGCCCAGUCAUCCCCCAACGAGCUGGGUCUCGACAUCCCCCCACAAGGUUCCAUGGGUGGACAUGGUCAGUCCGCUAGCAUUUCAAACGGUUAUGGCAACAAUGCCGCGACGUCGGGUGCUACAACCAUCGGUGGACUCCUCGCUCCUGGCAACGCACGCGGCUCGCACAGUCGGGCCGUCAGUUUGCCUGUGCUUGCUCCUGGCUUCGAAAACGGAGGAAACAGUCCCCACAGCUUGGCAGGAAGCAAUGGCAGUGACGGCGAAAGGCGUGGCCACCAGUAUCAAUCCAGCUUUGGCGGAUUGGGAGGUACAGGGUUUGGCCUUGCUAUUCAAGGUGGCCUCAAUGGAUGGGUUGAGGAAGAAGUGGCCAACUAA